GACCAGAGUUCAGUGCGCCUGCGCAGUAUCGGGGGUGGGAGGGAGCGCCCUUCCAGGAGAAGGGGUGGCUGCUGUAGUGAGAGACUGGUGCUGCGGCUCUUUCCCUGCAGUCCUGCAGAGGAAGCGCGCGUCCCUGGCCCUUCCUUCUUCUCUUCCGGCGGAGAGCUUGGGACGUGGUAAUGCCAGCCACACUCCUCAGAGCCGUGGCCAGAUCUCAUCGUAUAUUAUCAAAAGCACAUCAGUGCCGAAGAAUCAGUCAUCUAAUGUUAAAAUCACUUAAGGAAUUUGAAAAUACAACAUGCAGCACACUGACAGUAUGUCAAAACUUGGAUUUCUUCCUUCCUGAUAAAACAUCUGGUGGUUUGAAUAAGUCUCAGAUCCUGGAAAUGAACCAAAAAAAAUCCAAUACAAGCCUGCUCUCUCCAUUAAAUGCUGCUCGUUGCCAAGAUGAAAAGGCACACCUUCCAGCCAUGAAAUCCUUUGGUACUCACAGGAGAGUGACCCAUAAACCACAUCUAUUGGGUUCUAAAUGGUUCAUAAAAAUAUUAAAGACGCAUUUCUCAUCUAUGUCAACGGAAACAUUUGUUCCAAAACAAGACUUCCCACAGAUCAAGAGACCACUAAAAGCAUCCAGGACCAGACAGCCAUCCAGGACCAACCUUCCAGUUUUGUCCGUGAAUGAGGACCUAAUGCACUGCACAGCAUUUGCAACGGCAGAUGAGUAUCAUCUGGGAAAUCUGUCUCAAGAUCUGGCCUCCCACGGAUAUGUUGAAGUAACAAACUUGCCUAGAGAUGCAGCAAAUAUUUUGGUGAUGGGUGUGGAAAAUUCUGCAAAAGAAGGUGAUCCUGGAACGAUAUUCUUCUUCAGGGAAGGAGCUGCUGUGUUUUGGAAUGUGAAAGACAAAACUAUGAAGCAUGUGAUGAAAGUUCUAGAAAAACAUGAAAUUCAGCCCUAUGAAAUCGCACUGGUACACUGGGAAAAUGAAGAACUUAACUACGUAAAAAUAGAGGGACAGUCAAAACUUCACAGGGGGGAAAUCAAGUUAAAUUCAGAGCUGGAUUUAGAUGAUGCCAUUCUAGAGAAGUUUGCUUUCUCCAAUGCUCUCUGCCUUUCUGUAAAACUGGCAAUUUGGGAAGCAUCACUGGAUAAAUUUAUUGAAUCUAUUCAGUCAAUUCCUGAGGCUUUAAAAGCUGGGAAGAAAGUGAAACUAUCUCAUGAAGAAGUCAUGCAGAAAAUCGGGGAACUCUUUGCCCUAAGGCACCGUAUAAACUUGAGUUCAGACUUCUUGAUUACUCCUGAUUUCUACUGGGACAGAGAAAACCUGGAAGGACUUUAUGAUAAAACAUGUCAAUUCCUUAGCAUUGCCCGAAGAGUUAAGGUCAUGAAUGAAAAACUUCAACACUGCAUGGAAUUAACAGAUCUAAUGCGGAAUCACCUGAAUGAGAAGAGGGCACUCCGCUUGGAGUGGAUGAUUGUCAUCCUCAUUACCAUAGAGGUAAUGUUUGAGCUGGGACGAGUAUUUUUCUGAUCAAGUGAUAACCAAAGUGUCACUGCAAGAGAUUCAGGUUCUACAAUCAAAAAAUAAAUGUUCAGCCGGGCGCGGCGGCUCAUGCCUGUAAUCCCAGCACUUUCGGAGGCCAAGGAGAAUGGCUCAUUUGAGGUCAGGAGCUCAAGUCUGGCCAACAUGGUGAAACGUCUCUACUGAAAAUACAAAAAUUAGCCAGGUGUGGUGGCACACGCCCAUGAUCUCAGCUACUCGGGAGACUGAGGCAGGAGAAUCUCUUGAACUUGGGGAGGUGGAGGUUGCAGUGAGCUAAGAUCACGCCACUGCACUCCAGCCUGGGCGUCUCAAAAAUAAAAAUUAA